UCAAGUGGAUGCUUACGCCAAGUUUUUGGCUGGCAAAUGUAUUUUUAUAUUUGCCAUAGAGGCAAGGAAAAUAAUUAAAGUUUUAUGAUAUGAAAUACGAGCCGCAGCGGAGGGUCAGUUUAGUUUGAUCAUUCGAACAGUAAGCGACGGUUUGCUUUAAAGCUUGAGUUCGUGACAUAAUAACAGUCCGCAAGGACGGAAAUAAGAAAAGCUAAGCAUCUAAACAGACAAUUUUUGGGCAACUUGUUGCGCAAUAUUAGACCAUGCAUUGCCAAUUUGUCUGUAUGUUGCAUAUUCUCGUGGUUGUGUUGGUGGUGGAAUUUAACGCCGUCGUUGUAGGACGCGACGUAGUGCUCACCCCUAAAUAUGGUCUACAGCAGAACGGAAAAAAUAUUUUUUAUGACGAAGAAGAUAAUGGAAGUGGAGCGCAAAAUCAAUCGCUCCUGCGGCCAUGGGAACGUACACUCAAACACGUGACGUACGUUACACUUUUCGCGAACGACAAAGCUGAUGCUGCUACCGGGAAUUUCAGUCAGCAAAAGGCCUACAACAACUUUCUGCAUUCCCCUUACCUGCCACAACACGGUGUUUUUGACACACGGUUUGGAGAUAUUGUUACGCUUGCAAGUGGACAUCUUGAGAAAAUAGGCAACGACUCUUUCCGGUUCGUGGAAGGACAAUGUGGUUAUGACUGUGAGAGCGAUCAUGUGUGGGCUUUGUGGCAAGUUCAGAAGAUACGACAUCGUGAUAUCAAUCGAAAAUUUCGUUAUGAAAUGAAAUUCAGUGUGAGUCCGUUGCGUGCCGAAAGUGUGGGUAAUGUUAAAAGAAAAGCGGAAUCUGACAGCAACAAUAGCAAAAGUAGUACGUUGCAAACAUAUAUACAACGAGAUGAUGACUAUCCACAUACAUUUGGGAGAAUAUUCUACAACGAUGACUCACGAUUUCCAGAUCGGCGGUUUGACGAUGUCACAGGUCGAAAUUUUAUGCUUGGAUCCGUGAAUCAGCACCGGCCGGCGACACCUAUGCCCCAACCGACUUUUUUGCAAAGCAUCUACCAGCCAUCUCCACACUUCCCUUCGCCAGACAAAUUAAAUAUUGGGGAGUAUAUAAAAGAUUACCCAAUUAAGACUGCACCAAAAAUAAAAGUAUUUCCGAAUUUACUGAGUACGGUAAGCCGGAAUUAUUAUCCCGCACCCACCACAUAUAGACCCAAUUACCAAACGAAAUUUCCACGCCCAGAACUAUAUCCACCCACAUUGGAGCAUGAAACCAUAAAAUUUCCAACGAAUUCUAACGAGUUAAAUUUGGCUGGUGGCGUUGGUAAAUUAUCUACACCUGUGGUCACGCAUCACUUCCACCAUCACUUUUAUAUGACGAGCACUACAAGUACCGAAAAUGAGCUCAGUAGUGCUGAAAAGCCUCUUAAUAAGCAAACUAACUCACAUAAAAGCAUAAUAAGCGAAACCACGGUACCUACAUCUUUCAAUAACUAUUACAAUACUGGCUUGAAAAACAGCUUCCAACAGGGUCCCCAGACAGUAAACCCCACAAAUUUUCCUAAAACGGAUACAGAGGUGCGCAAGGAGCAUGUAGUGCAAGUCACACCAGUAGCGCCAUUGAAGAGGCCAUACAUUUAUCAGAUGUAUCAGAUACCGAUUGACUCAAAAGUUCCUCUACUCAUUUAUCCAGGACCUGUAGUGGAGGAUGAACUACCUUUACCACGUAAUAAACCCUUUGUACAAAGCGAACCGAUGGAUGAAAAUCCCAUACGAUAUUCUGAACCUGAUCCACUUUACCUAAACCUAGCGCACAACCCUCCCCUUGACGGACAAUCUUACGAACUGGGCGCAUCUCAAUUGGAGUCGCCAAAACUGAAUCAAUACACAGAAUAUCCAGAUAUCGACAUAAAUCCAGUGAAAAGCAGAAAAGUAGUAAGGCCCUACUCGACAGCUACGCAAUUGCCCUCACCUGAUAGUGAUCAGGAUGAGCGCAUACCAUACGAAGAUGAAUCACAGGAGGUUGAUAAGCAAAAAAUCGAUUUAGAACAGAAAUCAAGCCAAAAAGACCUGCAAAUAUCGUUCAAAAAUAAGCAGCUUUACUCAAACACUGAAACGCAAAUGACCAGCAGCACGACGGCGAGCCUAAUAGUAGCUGACAGCAGUACGCCCCCAGCAACUACAACAAACACGACCACUCUUUCACCCACUACAAGAGAGUUGCUUGCAACAACAAUUCCUUCCUUACUGACUUUUGCUUUGCAAACAACGAAUUCGAUGCUUUCAUCCACAACUGCAAUGCCAUCCACGACAUCCAUAGACGAUGCCACGCUCCCGCCCAAGCAAGGCACACAAAACUUUAUUUCUACUUCUACAUCAGAGACGCCUUCACUACGCGCGAUCAGCCGCUAUCGACUGAAACAUGUGCGUCCCUCUACAACAAGCACCGAGCAGCCGGUGCUGAAGUGGAAACCUCGACGUAAACAUUCAUCGAAACAGUCUUCGCCAAAUAAUGACGUGAAACCGAACUCAGAAAUCAAUCCCGCGAAGGAAAACUCAGCUAAAACAGAUAAAAAACGUGUGUUGAAAGAGCAAAAUCAGAGACAUGAAAAUCAAUUGUCCACUGGAUUAGCGAACAAUUCAACCGACGCUGCCAAUAACAACCGGCUCCCAAAAAAAAGUAGUGAGGUAAUCGAAGUGCUUACUCAAAAAUCAGUUAGCAAGUCGGUGAGCAUCAAAGUCGGUAGCAAUGGUGAGGAAAUACCAGUUAUCGUUGAUGACAGUGAUCAUGGUGAGAAUGAGGUGAAAACAGAAUAAAAAGUGAAUUUUAUUUUUAUUUUGCUGUGUGCUUUGAAUACCAAAAAUUUAGUCUUUUAAUGAAAUUGCAAAACUUUACACUAUAAUUUUUCCAUGCAUAAAAAGUUAGA